AUGGGGUUUUCACCACCGUGCCUCUCUCAAUCUCUCUGUUUCAUUCUGUUUCUCUUCCAUUUCCACUCAACAAUUUCAUCUCCACUCUCCUCAAAUUACUCCUCCUCUUCUUCUCAUUUGUGUGCUCAUCGCCAAUCUCUUUCUCUCCUUCAAUUCAAACAAUCCUUCUCCAUUCAAAAUAGUUCAGCUUUUUUGGAGUACUUUUGUCCAUAUCCCUUUCCAAAAACAGAGUCAUGGAAAGAGGGUACAGACUGCUUGUGGGAUGGGGUCUCUUGUGACCUGAAAACCGGGCAUGUCACUGCACUGGACCUCUCAUGCAGCAUGCUUUACGGCACCCUCCUUCCCAAUAAUUCUCUCUUCUCUCUCCAUCAUCUUCAACAGCUCGACCUAUCUUUCAAUGAUUUCAAUUCCUCCCAUAUUUCUUCUCGAUUUGGCCAGUUCUCCAAUCUAACACAUCUUAACCUAAGUGGUUCGGAUCUUGCAGGCCAAGUUCCGUCAGAAAUCUCUCACCUCUCCAAAAUGGUUUCUCUUGAUCUCUCUUGGAACUACGAUCUUGUGAGUGUAGAACCAAUUUCUUUUGACAAGCUUUCUUUUGACAAGCUUGUUCGAAACCUAACCAAGCUUAGAGAACUCGAUUUGAGUUCGGUAAACAUGUCACUAGUUGUUCCCGAUUCCUUGAUGAAUCUGUCUUCUUCUCUGUCAUCGCUCAAACUCAAUUACUGUAGAUUGAAAGGAAAACUCCCAUCCUCAAUGGGGAAAUUUAAGCACCUGCAGUACUUGGAUCUUGGAGGGAACGAUUUUACUGGUUCAAUUCCAUAUGAUUUUGAGCAACUCACCGAGUUGGUUUCCCUUGGUCUCUCUUCCAACAACGAUCUAAGUCUAGAACCAAUUUCUUUUCACAAGAUUGUUCAAAACCUAACCAAGCUAAGAGAACUGGAUUUGGGCUAUGGGAAAUUCCCAGGGCGUUGCCAGCAUCCCAAGACAGAGUCCUGGAAAGAGGGUACAGACUGCUGCUUGUGGGAUGGGGUCUCUUGUGACAUGAAAACAGGGCAUGUCACUGCACUGGACCUCUCAUGCAGCAUGCUUUAUGGCACCCUCCAUUCCAAUAGCACCCUCUUCUCCCUGCAUCAUCUUCAAAAGCUCGACCUCUCUGACAAAGAUUUCAAUAACUCCCAUAUUUCUCCUCGAUUUGGCCAGUUUUCCAAUCUGACACUUCUUAACCUAAAUUCCUCAGUCUUUGCAGGUCAAGUUCCGUCGGAAAUCUCUCAUCUCUCCAAAUUUGUUUCACUUGAUCUCUCUGGAAACUACGAUCCAAGUCUAGAACCAAUUUCUUUUGCCAAGCUUGUUCGAAAUCUAACCGGACUUAGAGAACUCGAUUUGAGUCGGGGGAAAUUCCCAGGUAACAUCUUUCUCCUCCCAAAGCUUGAAUCACUUGAUAUGUCAUACAACAACCGCCUCACUGGCUCUUUUCCUUCGUCCAAUUUGAGUAAUGUCCUCUCUUCGUUGGAUCUUUCUAAUACAAGAAUUUCAAUUUAG